CACAUCAUGAUGCCCUCGCUGCUCCCACUGCUGCUGCUGCUUCUGCUCGGCAGCACCCCCGCUGUGCAGCCCGCCCCCCCUACAUGCUACUCCAGGAUGCUAAGCCUCAGCCGGGAGAUCACGGGCGACUUCCAGAGCCUGCAGGCCACGGAGCCCUCGGAGCCCUCGGAGCUGUGUGUGAGAUACCUGCCCAGGCUGUACCUGGAUAUACAUAAUUACUGUGUGCUGGCCAAGCUGCGGGACUUCGUGGCAUCGCCCCAGUGUUGGAAGGUGGCCCAGGUGGACGCCUUGAAGGACAAAGUGAGGAAACUAUACACCAUCAUGAAUUCGUUCUGCAGGAGGGAUCUGGUGUUCCUGUCAGAUGACUGCAAUGCCUUGGAGUACCCAAUCCCAGUGACCACAAUCCUGCCAGAUCGUCAAGGCUAAGGCAGCCCAUACCAGAGAGAAGCCACGGGGACUGAAUGGUGUCAGCUGCCCAGACACAAUGGGCUAAAGCCAUGGUCCCCUCGGGUCUCCCUGUUCCUGUAGCAUCUGAAAGUGCCACCUGGUUUGUCCACGUUCUGGAGAGCAGGGACGGUGCUCUGACCCCGGAACUUACUUUGAACGUAGUUAGAAGCCUUGCCUUCAUUCCCCCUGGCUUGUCUUGCCAGGAAGGUUAGAUACACAAGCAUGUUUAUUUGAUCACUAGGAAGAAAAGGGCAAAUCAGCUUCUCUUUGAUGAACAAGUAGCUUGAGAACAAGCAAAAUACUAUGUUUCUAGUACUGCUUUUAAUGGAGUAGUAGUAGUACCAUUUUCCUUUCCUGAUAGGAACCUGCUUACAUUUAACCAAACUUCUAUUUCAUACCCUCUCCCAUCACAAAUGUUCCUUAGACUUACUUUUCAUUUUUAAAGAACUUUUCACUGCCUAUACGAUGUACUUGUAAGGUUCGUAAUUACGUAGCGCUGACGGGAACCACUCUUUCAUUGAAAGGUGAUGAAAAUCAAAUAAAGACGAUCUUUACAGU